AUGACUUCCUCUUUAACGCCGGCGCCGCCGUCGCCGCUGCCGCUGCCGCUGCCGCCGGAGGGGGGCGCGUCUCGGAGCGGACCAGCCCGGCCCGUGAGCCUGCGGGAAGUGGUGCGCUACCUCGGGGGCAGUGGCGGCGGCGGAGGCAGGCUGACCCGCGGGCGCGUGCAGGGACUGCUGCUGGAGGAGGAGGCGGCAGCCGCCCGAGGCCGCCUCGAGCGCACCCGCAUCGCCAGUCUUGCCCUGCCCCGCAACGAUCGUUCGGGAAGGGCGCCUCCUGCUACCAGCUCCCGAGCAGCCCGAACCAAGAAGUCCGGGGAAGAGUCCCUGAGGGAGGAAGAAGAAGAAGAGGAUGAAGAAGAAGUGUCUGCUCUAUCGGAGGGUUCUGAGGUGCCAGAGGGAGAGGGUGCCCACGGUGGACAGAACCAGUACAAUGGAGAGACUGGCCAGCGGGAAAGUGGGAAAGAACGGACUAGGGAAUGGAAUUCCUCCAUAGCACCUGGGCGCCAAGAUGAGGGUCACCGUUCAGCCCUGGCAGAUGGAACCCGAGAGGCCUUCCCAAUGGGAGUGGUGAAGAUGGAAGGGGGCUCAGCCUCAGCUGCCACAGGGCCGGAUUCUCCUUCUCCGGUGCCUUUGCCCCCCGGAAAGCCAGCCUUGCCCAGUGCAGAUGGAACUCCUUUUGGUUGCUCCUCUGGCAGGAAGGAAAAACCAUCUGACCCAGUUGAGUGGACAGUGAUGGAUGUGGUAGAAUAUUUUACUGAGGCUGGCUUCCCUGAACAGGCUUCUGCUUUCCAGGAACAGGAAAUUGAUGGGAAGUCCCUUCUGCUGAUGCAACGCACUGAUGUGCUCACUGGCCUCUCUAUCCGCCUGGGGCCAGCCCUCAAAAUCUAUGAGCAUCACAUCAAGGUCCUUCAGCAGGGCCACUUUGAAGAUGAUGACCCUGAUGGGUUUCUCGGCUGAGCGCCUGACUCCCUGUGACCCCUGAGCUUCUCCUACCCCUUUCCUUCUCCCCAGUUCCCUUGUGCCCCAUCUGCCCUAAGAGUCCCUAGCAUCCAGGAACUCCCUAAGGGGGAGAACACCCUCUUCCCAACACACUCCCCAAAGAAAUUCCAGGGAGGCAGGCGCCUCAUCAUCACCCCUUCCCAACUCCCUCGUCCUUAACUGUAGGUAUCUUUCUUCUAUCCACAUCCUGCAUUCCAAGCUGGGGGCGAUGGCAGGGGUAGAUGCAGGAUCUUCUUGUAUCAUACCAGGAGGGGACCCCCUCCCCCCCAACUAGACUGCUAUGGGGGAAGGAAUGCCCUCCUUUUCCCCUAGCCCUUCCCCCAAUUCAGCCAGACUUCACCUUUGUAAAUGUUUCACCCUGAGGAAGUAGGGACAGGACUGGACUGGCCAUUCCCUUUACCCCACCUAUUCUCCCUUACCCUAAAUGCCAUUCCUUCCAUCCUUGGUCAGUUUGGAGAUGAUCCCCAGGGUUGAAAUGGUGGGUUGUCCUGUUUCCUUCCUUUUCUCUUUCUCUCUCUCUCUCUCUUUCUCUCUCUCUCUCU